AUGCGGUUCCAUUCACUGUUACUCGGGAUUGCGGCGUUGGGAUCCAUGGCGUCGGGGGCCGCAAUAGUGGCGAGGGAGGAGAAGAAGCCUGCCGCCGCGGAGCCGCCCAGUACAAAGUAUUUUCGUAAGUUCUGCCGAAACGAUCUUACGGGACACUACGAUGUACGAUUCUUCAAGGAGGUUGUCGAGUACGAUGAGCGACGGGACACAUUAACGCAUCUCGCCAAAGCCUGGCUACAGACCACCGCAAAGGAAGGGAUCGAGACCUGGAUCGCCCACGGCACCCUCCUCGGCUGGUGGUGGAGCGGAAACAUUCUGCCCUGGGACUGGGAUCUCGAUGUCCAGAUGUCGGCUAACACGCUGACCAUGAUUGGCGAGAAGUACAACAUGACACGGCACCACUACACCUCCGAGGACGGCACGGUGCAGCGCGAGUACCUGCUCGACGUGAACCCGUGGAUCUGGCAGCGCGUGCGCGGCGACGGAAACAACAUCAUUGAUGCGCGCUGGGUGGACGUGCGCAACGGGCUGUACAUUGACAUCACCGGCAUCGCCGAGACGAACCCGGACACGCCGGGGAUUCUCAACUGCAAGAACUACCACAGAUACAAGCCCGAGGAUAUCUGGCCGCUGCGUGACACAAUGUUCGAGGGCGUCCCCGCAAAGAUCCCGUACAACUUUGACGAGAUCCUGAUGAAGGAGUACAAGGCCAAGGCGCUCGUCGUGACCGAGUACGAGGGCCACCGGUGGAACACGCACACAAAGACGUGGGACCGUGCGCCGGAGGUGCCGGCCGGCCGCCAGGCGGAGAGCCUCCUGAAGACGGUCAGGGAGCCGGAGAAGUACUCGACGGUCGAGUCGGGCGGGUUCUUCUACAACGCCUUUAGGCUGCUGCAUUGGUGGUGA